AUGCCCAACAAUUCGACGAUCAGCAGCAGUAAAAAGCGACUACUGGCGAGUGUUUCCACAUCGGUGCUCAGAUAUGCAGAACCUGCUUGGGUGACGGCACUGCAGACGAAGAGGAACACAUCUCGGCUGAACAGCACGUUUAGGCUGAUGGCCAUGCGGGUGUCUAGCGCGUACCGAACUAUCUCGUCAGAGGCAGCCUACGUGAUAGGUGGAACUAUUCCCAUAAAUCUCCUACUCGAAGAAGAUAGCGAGUGUUAUAGGGAUCGAGGCACGAGAGGAGUCCGUAAACGAGUCCGAGCUGACACCUUAAUCAAGUGGCAGCAUCAGUGA